AUGACUGAGACUCAGAAGAGACAGCCGCAAGGCCUCAGUCAUGACACGCGGAAUUCGAAGAGUAGCGCCGGAAUGCUAUUCUUCGAGGGCAAACCGACUCAAUUGAGCCCAAAGGACACGGUCAAGUGCUUCAAAUAUAUAGAAAAGGAAGUUUUGCGAAGUUUGGUGAGCGAAAAGCUCCUGGCGGAAAGUUACGUGAAAUACGUCUCCAAGAACACGCAGAUCAAGGACUUUGUCGCUGAAUUGCAACAACGCUGUACUGACUCCCACCAGAGUAUUCUUCUGUAUUCGUACGGCGCUCACGUGCAAAAAGCUGUGACGGUAGUAGAGAUCUUCAAGAAGGAAAUGAGAAGAGGCGAUGCGGACGAUGCCCCAGCCCAAAAAGGUGGAAUCAAGCAGUACAAUGCGCUAAGUUGCUUUGUCAACGUAGUUCAAGGGCGGAACGAACUAUUGGAAAGGAAAUUGAAUAUACCGGUUUUGAUCGUGGCCCUUGUCCCCUCCGAAAGAGAAUUCAGUUUUCCAAAAUUCACGCCGCAAUGA